AUGGCUUUGGAUUUUGAAACAGGAGCGGCCAAUGUGGCCGGCUGGAGGGAGAUUGCUAAGGAUCUAACAGCCGGUGCGGCCGGCGGAAUUGCUCAAGUUUUAAUAGGCCAACCAUUUGAUCUGGUCAAAGUCCGGUUGCAAACCCAAGGCGGAGGAAAUGCCUUUUCGACCGCUCGAAACGUCUGGGUAAAAGAAGGACCUCUAGCAUUUUACAAGGGUUCCCUUCUGCCAUUGCUCGGCAUUGGUGCAUGUGUUAGCAUCCAAUUUGGCGCCUUCCAUGGAUUUCGACAAGCCAUUGAAUCCUACAACAAAGAUGCAUAUCCAGGGGUUGAUCCUACUCUAUCUUUGACCCAGUUCUACCUCGCCGGUGGAGCAGCCGGAGUGGUAAACAGUGUGGUCUCGGGUCCUGUCGAACAUAUUCGUAUUCGCUUGCAAACCCAGCCUCAUGGAGCAGCGAGAAUCUACAAUGGGCCCUGGGAUUGUACCCGGAAGAUCAUCCAAAGUGCCGGUAUCUCUGGAGUGUAUCGCGGCCAAGCGGUCACUCUUCUCAGAGAAUUCCACGGCUAUGGUGUCUGGUUUGCCGCGUAUGAGGGCCUCGUAGGAAUGGCAAUGCAUCACCAGCAGAAGAGACGAGAAGAGCUUCCCAGCUGGCAGAUUGCGCUGUGCGGAGGUCUUGCAGGCGAGACGCUCUGGCUGCUGAGCCAUCCGCUAGAUGUGAUCAAGAGCAAGAUGCAGAGCGAUGGCUUCGGCUCCGACAAGAAAUACUCUACCAUGAGACACGCUUUCCGUCAAACUUGGGCAACUGGUGGCGUAAAGGGACUGUUUCACGGCCUCGGACCUGCUCUACUUCGUGCCAUGCCAGUGAGUGCUGGUACAUUUGCUACGGUCGAGGUUGUUCGAAAGUUCCUGGGAUGAGAUCGGGGAGAAGGGCAAGCUAUGCAAUAACCGAGCGCAAUAUCCACCUCCGCAGCGAUGCCCCAACCCUUGACAGGCUAAAACUGACGGGAAUUGACGACGGUUUAAAAUCGGAAGCGGAUAGUCGUUCCAGGUUCGAUUGAUAAGACGCGGCGGGGUACUGGUCCAUUCUGAAGAACUGAGUCCAUCAUCAGUAAAGUUGUUUCGCAUGGCUUUUGGAAUGGCUGGAUAUGUCUCGGUAUAAUAGAUAGAGAUACG